AUGCACAUGCUGGGCGAGGACACACACAGUAACGAUGUCGAGGUGACGUGGGAGGAUCAGGAGCGGAUCAACAAGUUCAGUCGGCUGCAUGCGGCACUCGCGGACGUCGAGGAGGAGAUGCAAGUGCGGCGGACGGAGCGCGAGGAGCUCGAGGACUUGGGGCUGGAGAUCGAGCUGCUCGACGACGAUACGGUCUUGUGUGUGUGUGUAUGCUAA